ACAUUAAACAGUCUUUAAAUGUUUUCGUAUUUUACAUUAACAUUUUAUCUUGGAAGAUUAAAUUGAACAGCAUGCACGUUAGGAUGUGAAUAUUGUCUUCUUUGACGCUUCUUGACUAACUUCAAAGUUUGUCGACAGACUCAAAAAAAAGUACACUCCGGAUAUUAGUUUUAAUUUCUAAACACUGACGGCGACAAUUGGCAACAGCCUAUAUUUGGCCCCCCAGAUGAAGGAAGUCAAGAGGAGGGGCCAGGCGCUCCUCAUCUCAGGCCAGUUCCAAGAUGUCCGGGCUGAGGUCCAGAAGCUGGCCGCCUUCUGCCUGCCUCUGUCCCAGAAGUACCAUCACAUCAAAGCGGAGACCAUACUGAAGGAAAACGUGGCCGGCAGCAACAAAGCCGAGGUCUUGGAGUCGUUGGGCAGACUGGUGAAAGCUUUGAGCAUCCUGGAGAAGUACGGCUGCAACCUGACGAGCUCCACCAGGCCCAAGUACUGGCGCAGCGUCAAGCACAACAACCCGGUUUUCAAAACGACAGUGGACGCCAUGCAGGGCGGCCGGCGAGUCCUCUUCCUUUACGGCUACACCAACAUGCAGCUGGACGGACUGAGUUUCCCCGAAGAAGUCACAGAACCGGACCAGGAAAAAGUGUCCUUUGUGACGCUGGAGGUCAUGACUUUACGUUGCGAGUUGGACAUGCUCAUUCAGGGGACACACCCUCACCAGGGACUCUUCAAAGACGUCAUCCCGUUUGUCGUCCGACAGGACGCGAUGGCCGCCGAAGUGGAGGCGGUCCCACCGAAAGGGGAGGGGCCUGCACGCAAGCCGCCACCCGUGCUGCCUAAACCCAAACUAGGCCUCGGACACCCCCUGAAAAAAUGCUUGAGUCAGUGCCACCUGUGUGGCGGCAGAGCAGCUGUCCUUUGCCCCUCCUGUGACGGUCAAGCCUUUUGCGACGAGUGUGACGACCGCUUACACCGCCACCCUGCCAGGACCAACCACAAGCGGGAGAGAGGACUGGAAGCCCUGCAGGACAUGUGUACCAUCUGCGGCGUGUCUCCCGUCCACGCUCAGUGCGCCACCUGCGUGCAGAGGUUGUGCGAGAAGUGCGACGGGCUGUUUCACUCGCACCCCGAGCGCCAAGGCCACACCCGGACGAUGGUCACGCCCGCCCUGAAGACAAGCAGCAUCCCCAACAACCUUGUUUCUAGCGGGCCUUCAUCCGCGUGGACGUGUGUUCACUGCGCCACAGCCAACAAGCCGCCGGACACCGUGUGCGUCACCUGCAAACGCGGGCCCGGGUCCCCCAACACAGUCUGGCGCUGCAAGAGCUGCACGGUCAUCAACGAAGGAAGCAGCAUCCUCUGCGAGGUGUGUGAGCGCCCCCGUCUGGCCCCUCGCCCCUCCGCCACCCCAGUGCCUGCCUCCUGCAGCGAAGCACAGUGGACAUGUCAGCUGUGCACCUUCGUCAACGCCGUGUCCACGCCGACGUGCGAGAUGUGCAAGUCUACGGCGAACCCGGGCAGACAACCGCCGCCACCGCCGAAGACCCCGCCCUCUGUAAAGCCCCAUCAAGCCAAGCCGGUGCCCAAGCCCAGGUUGUCAUUGGCGCCGAAGAGGCAGGACCGCAUGCGGGAAGAAGGGCGCAAGCUCAUCUGCCAGAUCAGAGAGGCGGAGAAGCUUGGCAUCAGUCCCGAGGAAGUGUUCGCCGCGCUCCGCGUGUGCAAGGGCACCAGCGUCGACCUGUGCGACUGGCAGGAGUCAGAACUGCCGCACCUGCUGGACCAAAUCUGCGCCAUGGCCGACUCGGUCCACGCCAGCGUCGCCGGUCCCGACGGGGAGGGCGUCAGGCUGUCCCGAGCCGAGGCCAAGCUGGCCUGGCUGGCGACGGGCGGCGACAUCGAGUGGGCGGCCAGAGAACUGCUGAGAGACCGACAAUUUAAGAUGAGGGAGCUUCAGUCCCUGGGCUUCCGCGACGCGUCGCAGUGCGAGGAUGCCCUGCGUCAGAGCGGCGGCGACUUGAAGAGCGCCCUGUCCGUACUGCAGCGCCCCCUCCUGAACCCCUUCCACCUGCACAUGUGGAGCGAGGAACCCGAGCCCCCAAUCGACCCCAAACACCCCGACAAAGAGAGGAUGUGCCGCCGUCUCCUGGCGCUGUACGAGCUGCCCAGCUGGGGGCGCUGCGAGCUCACCCUGUCGCUGCUGCAGGAGCCCAACGUGUCGUACACCCUGGAGGACGUGGUGGAAGCCGUGAAGGGGUCGCACGACCGCGACUUCAUCAGGCGCGUCCUCAACAACGAGUGUCCGUGCUGCCUCAGCGUCUUCCCGCACAGCAAGAUGCGCUCGCUGACCUCGUGCCAGUGCGCCGUGUGCCAGGAGUGCUUCACCCAGCACUUCACCAUCACCGUGCGGGACAAACACAUCCGGGACAUGGUGUGUCCCAUCUGCCGCGGGCCGGACAUCAACGACCCCGAGCAGCUGGAAAGUUACUUCUCCACGCUGGACAUCCAGCUGAGGGAAUGUCUGACGGCCGACGUCUACGACCUCUUCCACAAAAAGCUGACGGAGCACGUUCUGAUGAAGGAACCCAAGUUCCUGUGGUGCUGCCAUUGCACGUCAGGCUUCAUCAAUGACGGCGAGCAGCUGAAAGUCACAUGUCUGUCCUGCUGCAAGAGUUUCUGCGCUCAGUGCAAGAAGCCUUGGGAGCCUCAGCACCAGGAUCUGACCUGCGGGCAGUUCCAGCAGUGGAAGCGGGACAAUGACCCGGAGUACCAGAAGCAGGGCCUGGCUGGCUACCUGAGAGACAACGGCAUCACCUGUCCUCACUGCCGCUUCCAGUACGCGCUGACGAAAGGCGGCUGCAUGCACUUCACCUGCUUCCACUGCAGGUACCAGUUCUGCAGCGGCUGCAACAACCCCUACUACAAGAUGAGCUGCAGGACGGAGGCGUGCAGCUACACGGGCCUCCACGCCCACCACCCCCGCGACUGCCUCUUCUACAUGCGGGACUGGGAGUCGGCCAGACUGCAAGCUCUGCUGCAAAGGAGUGGCGUGGACUUCAACACGGAGCCUUCCGAUGCACAGCAGACAGACGCGUGCGGCGUGAUGGAGCAGAAAGACGAAGGAGGUCAGCAGAUCGAUUCCCCGUGCGGCGGCCAGUCCCAGCCUGGCCAGGCCGGACUCUGCGAGAAGCACUACAAAGAAUACCUGGUGAGUCUCAUCAACGCCCACUCCAUUGACCCCGCCCCUCUGUAUGACAACCACGACCUGGUGCGGGCCUGCGAGAGGUACCAGGUGGACACGCAGCGGGGAGAGGGCGAGGACGACGGCGCUCACCACGCUCGUCUGCUGAAGAAACUGAUGGAAGUUCCCCUCGGUGAAAAGGUUCCCCGAAACAAAUAAAAGAAGAGCAGAAUAUCUACUAGCGGCACCAGGGGUGUCCAAACUUUUCCCACUGAGGCCCUGAAAAAUCAAGGCAGGCGGGGGGGGCCGUUUUGAUAUUUCUCAUUUUCAAAAACAAUACAAUAUUUUUUCAACCUUUAGGACUUCAAGUAUGGUCUCGGCGACCCAGAAAGGGCCUCAGUCAAGUAAAUGUUUUUUUUAAAGUCAUAGAUUUUUUAUUUGAUGCGUAAAUCUCUACAUCAAACUAAGUUCUGUGCGGAUAGGAAGUAUAUUUUGAAGUUUUACUACUUUUUUGCCAGUACUCUGUUUUUAUGGCAAAAACAAAAAAUAUGCAAUACUUUCCUCCAAAGGUGGAAUAUUUGAUGUGAAUUAAAAAUUGGUCAAUAAUUCAUCAAAUUGAUUUUAAUUCAUUAUUAUGUUUUGACAAAUGACAAGUUAGAAAUAAAAUUAUCGGGAAUACAAAAAAGCCCAAUUCAUAAAAGUGUUAAAAAUAAAUAAUUCUAGAUCAAGUUGAGAACGAUCAGUCGCUUUUCGUUAUGUUUUCAUGUUUGUUUUAUGCCUUUUUUUGUCAAAAAUAACUUUGUUUUUAUAUGGCAAACACAAAAUAUGCAAUAUUUUCGCCUCAAAGUAUUUCAAAGUGAAAUAUUUGAUGUCAAGUAAGUGAAUAUUUGAUGUGAAAUAAUAACAGCCUGACAUAGGUCAAUAAUUCAUGACGUAGAUUUUACUUCAUUAUUAUGUUUUGACAAAUGACAAGUUAAAAAUAAAAUUAUUGGGAAUGCAAAAAGGCCCAACUCAUAAAAGUGUUAAAAAUAAAUAAUUCCAGAUCAAGUUGAGAACUAUCAGUCGGUUUUCGUUAUUUUUUCAUGUUUGUUUUAUGCCUUUUUUGUCAAAAAUAACUUUGUUUUUAUAUGGCAAACACAAAUAUGCAAUAUUUUCCCGCAAAAUAUUUCAAAGCUGAAUAUUUGUUGUCAAGUAAGUGGAAUAUUUGAUGUGAAAUAAUAACAGCCUGAAAUAGGUCAAUAAUUCAUAAGGUAGAUUUUACUUCAUUAUUAUGUUUUGACAAAUGACAAGUUAAAAAUAAAAUUAUUGGGAAUGCAAAAAGGCCCAAUUCAUAAAAGUGUUAAGAUAAAUAUUUUUAGAUGAAGUUGAGAACAAUCAGUCGGUUUUUGAUAUUUUUUCAUAUUUGUUUUAUGCCUUUUUUUGUCCCAAAAAAACACUUUAUUUUUGAUAUGGCAAACACAAAAUACACAAUAUUUUCCCCUCGAAAUAUUUCAAAGUGGAAUAUUUCAUGUCAAUUAAGUGGAAUAUUUGAUGUGAAAUAAUAACAGCCUGAAAUAGGUAAAAAAUUCAUAAGGUAGAUUUUAAUUCAUUAUUAUGUUUUGACAAAUGACAAGUUAAAAAUAAAAUUAUUGGGAAUGCAAAAAGGCCCAACUCAUAAAAGUGUUGAAAAUAAAUAAUUCUAGAAAAGUUGAGAACCAUCAGUCGCUUUUCGUUAUUUUUUUCAUGUUUGUUUUAUGCCUUUUUUGUCAAAAAUAACUUUGUUUUUGUAUGGCAAACACAAAAUAUGCAAUAUUUUAUCCUCAAAGUAUUUCAAAGUGAAAUAUUUGAUGUCAAGUGGAAUAUUUGAUGUGAAAUAAUAACAGCCUGAAAAAGGUCAAUAAUUCAUGACGUAGAUUUUACUUCAUUAUUAUGUUUUGACAAAUGACAAGUUGAAAAUAAAAUUAUUGGGAAUACAAAAAGGCCCAACUCAUAAAAGUGUAAAAAUAAAUAUUUCUAGAUCAAGUUGAGAACAAUCAGUCAGUUUUUGUUAUUUUUUCAUGUUUGUUUUUUGCCUUUUUGUCAAAAAAGACCUUUAUUUUUGAUAUGAAAAACACAAAAUAUGCAAUAUUUCCCCUCUCACAUUUCAAAAUGAAAUAUUUGAUGUCAAGUAAGUGGAAUAUUUGAUGUGAAAUAACAGCCUGAAAAAGGUCAAUAAUUCAUGACGUAGAUUUUACUUCAUUAUUAUGUUUGACAAAUGACAAGUUAAAAAUAAAAUUAUUGGGAAUGCAAAAAGGCCCAACUCAUAAAAGUGUUGAAAAUAAAUAAUUCUAGAAAAGUUGAGAACUAUCAGUUGGUUUUCGUUAUUUUUUCAUGUUUGUUUUAUACCUUCUUUGUCAAAAAAAACCUUUGUUUUUAUAUGGCAAACACAAAAUAUGCAAUAUUUUAACCCUCAAAAUAUUUCAAAGUGAAAUAUUUGAUGUCAAGUAAGUGGAAUAUUUGAUGUGAAAUAAUUACAACCUGAAAUAGGUCAAUAAUUCAUGACGUAGAUUUUACUUCAUUAUUAUGUUUUGACAAAUGACAAGUUGAAAAUAAAAUUAUUGGGAAUACAAAAAGGCCCAACUCAUAAAGUGUUAAAAAUAAAUAUUUCUAGAUCAAGUUGAGAACAAUCAGUCAGUUUUUGUUAUUUUUUCAUGUUUGUUUUUUGCCUUUUUGUCAAAAAGACUUUAUUUUGAUAUGAAAAACACAAAAUAUGCAAUAUUUCCCCCUCACAUUUCAAAAUGAAAUAUUUGAUGUCAAGUAAGUGGAAUAUUUGAUGUGAAAUAAUAACAGCCUGAAAAAGGUCAAUAAUUCAUGACGUAGAUUUUACUUCAUUAUUAUGUUUUGACAAAUGACAAGUUAAAAAUAAAAUUAUUGGGAAUGCAAAAAGGCCCAACUCAUAAAAGUGUUGAAAAUAAAUAAUUCUAGAAAAGUUGAGAACUAUCAGUCGGUUUUCGUUAUUUUUUCAUGUUUGUUUUAUACCUUCUUUGUCAAAAAAAACCCUUUGUUUUGAUAUGGCAAACACAAAAUAUGCAAUAUUUUACCCUCAAAAUAUUUCAAAGUGGAAUAUUUGAUGUCAAGUAAGUGGAAUAUUUGAUGUGAAUUAAAUACAACCUGACAUAGGUCAAUAAUUCGUAACGUAGAUUUUACUUCAUUAUUAUGUUUUGACAAAUGACAAGUUGAAAAUAAAAUUAUUGGGAAUACAAAAAGGCCCAACUCAUAAAAGUGUUAAAAAUAAAUAAUUCCAGAUCAAGUUGAGAACUAUCAGUCGGUUUUCGUUAUUUUUUCAUGUUUGUUUUAUGCCUUUUUUGUCAAAAAUAACUUUGUUUUUAUAUGGCAAACACAAAAUAUGCAAUAUUUUCCCGCAAAAUAUUUCAAAGCUGAAUAUUUGUUGUCAAGUAAGUGGAAUAUUUGAUGUGAAAUAAUAACAGCCUGAAAUAGGUCAAUAAUUCAUAAGGUAGAUUUUACUUCAUUAUUAUGUUUUGACAAAUGACAAGUUAAAAAUAAAAUUAUUGGGAAUGCAAAAAGGCCCAAUUCAUAAAAGUGUUAAGAAUAAAUAUUUUUAGAUGAAGUUGAGAACAAUCAGUCGGUUUUUGAUAUUUUUUCAUAUUUGUUUUAUGCCUUUUUUUGUCCCAAAAAAACACUUUAUUUUUGAUAUGGCAAACACAAAAUACACAAUAUUUUCCCCUCGAAAUAUUUCAAAGUGGAAUAUUUCAUGUCAAUUAAGUGGAAUAUUUGAUGUGAAUUAAAUACAACCUGACAUAGGUCAAUAAUUCAUAAGGUAGAUUUUACUUCAUUAUUAUGUUUUGACAAAUGACAAGUUAAAAAUACAAUUAUUGGGAAUGCAAAAAGGCCCAACUCUUAAAAGUGUUAAAAAUAAAUAUUUAUGUAUUUUUCUCUCUAAAUGAAGUUGAGAACUAUCUGUCGGUUUUCAUUAUUUUUUCAUGUUUGUUUUUCACCAUUUUUGUCAAAAAAUACUGUAUUUUUAUAUGGCAAAUAUGCAAUAUUUUCCCUUUAAAGUAUUUCAAAGUGAAACAUUUGAUGUCAAGUAAGUGGAAUAUUUGAUGUGAAAUAAUAACAGCCUGAAAUAGGUCAAUAAUUCGUAAUGUAGAUUUUACUUCAUUAUUAUGUUUUGACAAAUGACAAGUUAAAAAUAAAAUUAUUGGGAAUGCAAAAAGGCCCAACUCAUAAAAGUGUUAAGGAUAAAUAUUUCUAGAUGAAGUUGAGAACCAUCAGUCGGUUUUUGUUAUUUUUUCCAUUUUGUUUUAUGCCUUUUUGUCAAAAAAGACUUUAUUUUUAAUUUGGCAAACAUAAAAUAUGCAAUAUUUUCCCCGCAAAAUAUUUCAAAGCUGAAUAUUUGUUGUCAAGUAAGUGGAAUAUUUGAUGUGAAAUAAUAACAGCCUGAAGUAGGUCAAUAAUUCAUGACGUAGAUUUUACUUCAUUAUUAUGUUUUGACAAAUGACAAGUUGAAAAUGAAAUUAUUGGGAAUGCAAAAAGGCCCAACUAAUAAAAGUGUUAAAAAUACAUAAUUCUAGAUCAAGUUGAGAACUAUCAGUCGGUUUUCGUUAUUUUUUCAUAUUUGUUUUAUGCCUUUUUUGUCAAAAAAAACAAAACACUUUAUUUUUGAUAUGGCAAACACAAAAUAUGCAAUAUUUUCCGCUCAUAAUAUUUCAAAAUGAAAUAUUUGAUGUCAAGUAAGUGGAAUAUUUGAUGUGAAAUAAUAACAACCUGACAUAGGUCAAUAAUUAGUAACGUAGAUUUUACUUCAUUAUUAUGUUUUGACAAAUGACAAGUUAAAAAUAAAAUUAUUGGGCAUACAAAAAGGCCCAAUUCAUAAAAGUGUUAAAAAUAAAUAAUUCUAGAAAAGUUGAGAACCAUCAGUCGGUUUUCGUUAUUUUUUUCACGUUUGUUUUAUGCCUUUUUUGUCAAAAAUAACUUUGUUUUUAUAUGGCAAACACAAAAUAUGCAAUAUUUUCGCCUCAAAGUAUUUCAAAGUGAAAUAUUUGAUGUCAAGUGGAAUAUUUGAUGUGAAAUAAUAACAGCCUGAAAUAGGUCAAUAAUUCAUGACGUAGAUUUUAAUUCAUUAUUAUGUUUUGACAAAUGACAAGUUAAAAAUAAAAUUAUUGGCAAUACAAAAAGGCCCAACUCAUAAAAGUGUUAAAAAUAAAUAAUUCUAGAUCAAGUUGAGAACUAUCAGUCGGUUUUUGUUAUUUUUUCAUGUUUGUUUUAUGCCUUUUUGUCAAAAAAGACUUUAUUUUUGAUAUGGAAAACACAAAAUAUGCAAUAUUUUCUCCUCAAAGUAUUUCAAAGUGAAAUAUUUGAUGUCAAGUAAGUGGAAUAUUUGAUGUGAAAUAAUAACAGCCUGAAAAAGGUCAAUAAUUCAUGACGUAGAUUUUAAUUCAUUAUUAUGUUUUGACAAAUGACAAGUUGAAAAUAAAAUUAUUGGGAAUGCAAAAAGGCCCAACUCAUAAAAGUGUUAAAAAUAAAUAUUUCUAGAUGAAGUUGAGAACUAUCAGUCGGCUUUCGUUAUUUUUUCAUGUUUGUUUUAUGCCUUUUGUGUCAAAAAUAACUUUGUUUUGAUAUGACAAACACAAAAUAUGCAAUAUUUUCGCCUCAAAGUAUUUCAAAGUGAAAUAUUUGAUGUCAAGUGGAAUAUUUGAUGUGAAAUAAUAACAGCCUGAAGUAGGUCAAUAAUUCGUAAUGUAGAUUUUAAUUCAUUAUUAUGUUUUGACAAAUGACAAGUUAAAAAUAAAAUAAUUGGGAAUGCAAAAAGGGCCAAUUCAUGAAAGUGUUAAAAAUAAAUAAUUCCAGAUCAAUUUGAGAACUAUCAGUCGGUUUUCGUUAUUUUUUCAUGUUUGUUUUAUGCCUUUUUUGUCAAAAAAAACCUUUGUUUUUAUAUGGCAAACACAAAAUAUGCAAUAUUUUCCCGCAAAAUAUUUCAAAGCUGAAUAUUUGUUGUCAAGUAAGUGGAAUAUUUGAUGUGAAAUAAUAACAGCCUGAAAAAGGUCAAUAAUUCAUGACGUAGAUUUUAAUUCAUUAUUAUGUUUUGACAAAUGACAAGUUAAAAAUAAAAUUAUUGGCAAUACAAAAAGGCCCAACUCAUAAAAGUGUUGAAAAUAAAUAUUUAUGUAUUUUUCUCUCUAAAUGAAGUUGUUUUUCACCAUUUUUGUCAAAAAAUACUGUAUUUUUAUAUGGCCAAUAUGCAAUAUUUUCCCUUUAAAGUAUUUCAAAGUGAAACAUUUGAUGUCAAGUAAUACUUUGAAGAUGUCAAUCAUUCACACCAACAUUGAUUUUGAUGACUUUUUUUUUUUUCCGCACUGACAUCUAUAAAGAAAAAAACCUUGUGUCAUUAGAGUCAACAUUUGCAACUUUUUCUCGUCGCAUUUCACCUUCUUGCUCUUUUAUUUCCAUAGAAUGUGGCGUGGGCCCUUUAAAUAAUGUCAGACUUUGGACACCCCUGUUAUAAACACUGAUAAUAGAUCAAGCAUGUUGCAAUGUUCAACUGGAGAGGGGAUAGAGAAGCCCUUCUCUCCUAUCACCUUCUGUCUGCUAUGGCGGGUACAAGUAAGUACAAAAAAAAAAAAAAAUCAUAUUUUGUCUGAAUUCUGUUUUGCUGAAUACAUUUUGUAUUCCAACCAUGUCCUGUUCCUGUAUUUCUCUCUCAUUUGAUUCUAAAUGGCACUUUUGACAAUCACUAUUUAAACCUAUUCUUGUUCAUUUUCACUGGCAUGUUUAAGCUUUGCCGCCGGUGAAGAGCAAUAAACGUCUACACGUUUCGCUUCUUA